CUCUCGGAGAAGCAGUGAAUAUAAAACUUUCCCUUUUUAUGCCCCCCAACCUCCACCCCCUUCCGGGCUCUCUCCAGAGGUCUGCUCAGCCUCAGCGGAGGACUGAGGUAACGCCAAGGACUUUUGCGUUCAGUAACAAUGUAAAAUAACUCUCGCAAUCUCUCUCCCAAAUCCCAGCUGGACUACAGUGGAUGUUUCUUGUUAACCUGGUCUAUUUGUUAUCAUAUAAUUCAAUAUGGUUUUCAGAGGGAGCCCUCCCUUGGAGCGCAGAAUACGCACGGUCGUUUUGGCACUACUUCUUUGCGCACAGGCCGGUUUUGGUUUCUCAGUCGCCGGACAGGAUGGCACCUGCGAGGCCAACGGGAGCAUAUACUUCGUGGGGGAAUGGUAUUUUCUGGAAUCUGAUCACUGCACCCAGUGUGAAUGCACCAGUGAGGGCUCUGCAUGUUCCCGCACUGAGUGCACCUCUCUCCCGGCUGCAUGCAUCCAUGUGAGCCACUACCCGUCCGACUGCUGCCCCAGGUGCGAGAAGAUCGGGUGUGAGUACCGAGGAGUGGUGUACGACCUGGGGCAGAACUUCCAGCCAUCAGAAUGUGAGCAGUGCACUUGUGACAGUGAUGGUAUCGCCCGCUGUCUAGUUGCAGAUUGUGCCCCGCCACCAUGUGUCAACCCCAAUUACCAGCCUGGGAAAUGCUGCCCUGAAUGCAAGGAGGGUCCUAAUUGCUACGUGAAUGCAUCCCGCAGCCAGGUGAUUCCUGCAGGAGAGCCCAUCUGGGUCGACUCCUGCACCAAGUGCCGCUGUCACGAUGGCCAGGAUGCCGGCUUCUGGGAGGGAAACCGCCUCGCCUCCUGCUCCCGCCUCAAAAACUGUACGCCUGAACAACCAUCCGUCAAUAAAAACUGAUUCACUGUCAGCAGAAUAUACAAUCCCCCGAUGUCUGAUCAACUUCCAUCUCUAAAAACAUUCUCUUUUGCAGCUGAAAAGAGAUUAUCUGCAACUUCCAAAAGCCAUCAAAGCAGAUUAGCUCCCAUUCAACAAGGAGUUUUGUUCGUUUAACAUUUCUGCAACACUGAUGAGACCCAUUGAGUUUGAAACGUUGGUUAACAAACUCCUGGUUUUCUCCAUGUCAGACGGUUUUGUCAAUUUUAUCAUGUGCAAAGUACAAUAUGAACAAAUUAAUUAUUAUCUAAAAGCAUGGUCCUGUCAUAUGGAUGGGCUCUGAGUCCAUGCCUUUAUUAGUUUACUUUGUAUUGUGCUUCCAUGGUGCAUAUUCCCAUAUUAAGUUGUGUUCUAUCCAACUAACUAAGACACAGACAGACACAUGUUGGCAGGAUAAACAGUGCAUACAGGCUGGUAAGUGAAAGAUCAGUAGGCCCCCUAAUAACCUAAUACGGCCAUAUCUAUGUGAAGAAACACAGACAAUACGUUAUCAUUAGUUAAGGAACUGAAUUGUAGUUCUUGAAAACCAUUGAAAACAGUGAAGGAAAACAGGAUUAAAUCUCCUCCAAUUCAAUAAUAUGGACGGCAGUAUUGUCAAAUAAGACGUUGGAUGUAUAGGGCCUGACCUUCAGCCCUUGAGCUUACUGUUACAUCUGUAUUCAUUAACAAAACCCAUAAUCAAACAAAUAUGGUUUUCAAAAAGAAAACCUAAUAAAAACAAGCUUAACUCUUGAAACAUCACCAAAAUUCAGAUAUUUACAGUUUUUUAUUUUGUCUGCCUGGCCAUGGUUUCUUCAAAAAGUCUAGGAGUUAAUGAGCGAGUAAGCUUUUGUAGAGUUCUUUUUUUUAUUCUGACGUGCUUGGCAACAAAGCCAAUGAGAUUAUUUGAUUAUAAAAAAAUUGUAAUUGACUUGUCACGGGUUGAUGCGCCAGCCUAAUGAAUGCAGCUGUGAUGCAAUUUAGACUAGGAAAUGGCUUAGCAAAGCGAUUAACAAUUUGUAACAGUCGUAUAAAUUCUGCAGUUCAAUUUUCAGGCCCAUUGAAAUAUAACUCAUCUGACUAUGGCCUAACAUAAUUAUGACUAUACAGUAGUUUAUAGGCACAAGCAAUGUUUGUUGUGCAUGUACUUUAGAAAAAACAUCUUUAAUGAUCUGCUUUAUAAGUUAUCGACUAAAACAAAUGUGCGGCCUUUCAUAGAAACAACCUUUUGAUAUUUCCACUCUUUUCAAAAUGUACACUUGUCAUUUACCUUUAUAAGAAAGAGAUCUGAAUUGUUUUAUGUAGUUGUAUAUGCAGCAGAUAUUCCUACUGUUAUUUGUCAAUAUCUAACCACUUAAAACAGGAGGGACCUUUAAAUGAAAACCAAAAAUAAACCAGUCUUGUUAUAAGUUUAUGUGUAGCUUUGAAUCGUGUUUUUUUAAACAUAGUCUUAAGCAUAAGACUCCCAAGUGCUGCUGUAUGAAGUAUAUCAUUACACCUGACACAGUUCGCUUCAUUCAAUCUCCGUGAAAAGCCUCUUUCAGUAAGGUUUGGGAUUACGUUUUAAACUUUUAGGGUUAUGAACACCUUUUAAAUCUUCAUGAGACUUUGUGAAUGACUACACCAUUUCUACAUUUAUAUUUUCCUGAGGAGAUUGGCAUUCAAACCAAAGUGAGUGAAUAUCACCCAAUAAUCUGAAACUCAAUGUUAAAGGAAAAGAUUGACAUUUGUGAAAUACGCUUUGUGUUUCUGAGUGAGAUGCAAUGAUUGAAACCACUCUCGGUGUAGUUCUCCUCAUUUAACAAUCUGCAAAAAAAAAGUGGAGCUUUAAAUAACGGCCUGUAAUAAAAAGGGAACAAAUAAGAAUCACACCAACAAAUCAUGUAGUGUAAUUAAAUAUGCCGACACUAUUCACCGGCAUCUUGUAAAGUAUUCCAAAUCAAAACACCUUUCCAUGUCCAUUAAACACCUCUCACUCCGUGUUUUCCUUGA